CUACUAGUGAAAAAUAUGAAUUUUGAUGUGAGGAUGAUGGAGAGUCAGCGUGCUCACGAAGAUGCUGCAGGAGAAUCGGAUUUUGAUUUUGACAGUCAGGUGUGCUUUAUCAGCGGCAUCCCGCUCUUCUUCACCAUCUCCCACCUCCGCAGCUUCUUCCGCCACUUCACAGAGGUCUCCCGCUUCGCUUUGUUCCACUUCUGUGGCCGUCGGGUUCGGCUCAAUCGCAGCGGAGUCACCGAAGUGCCGUCGUGCGGCUGUUGCUGUCUCGUCCGCCUGUCUGGUGAUUGCUCUGUGGACGACUUCAUCAGCCACUAUCACGGCGUCCAGUGGAGCGAGGCGCUGCCCCACCUCACCGAGAGAAUCGGCUGCUACACGUCGUGCCGCGUCACUCGGCUGAAGCGAGUGUCUGGACCAGGUGAUACGUCUGCGGCGCGGCCGUGCUACCUGACUAACAGAGAGCGGCGAGAGAGAGCCGAGGCGUCAGGCGGAGCGGCCGAGUGCUGGGAGCCGGCUGAUGAGGGGACUAGUCUGUGUGAGGAGGGUGUGAAGGGGCGGGAGGGAGCCGUGAUGCGGCCGAGCAGCGAUUGGGUGGAGAUGCACCCGCCGUAUGGGCUGCCGCAGGGCAAUGUGGGCACGCCGGAAACAGACCUCCUGCAGCAAGUCAACCAGGGGUGCGCACAUGGCACUCUCGCAUUGAUGGAACGAUUGAUUGAUGCGUCACUGUUUUGCGGGCGUGUGUGUGUGUCAGGUUGCUGCCACCCCGCCUGCUGUCCCACUUCGGCCUCUCCCUCUCUCACCUGACGGCCUAUCGCCACCCCAGGCACACAGAGAUCCCCCCGCCACCGUCCCUCAUCCCACGCCAGCAGCAGCAGCAGCGGCCAGCCCCCGCCAGCAGUAACGACUCAGCGGCCGCCACCGGUGGUCGGACCAGCAAGGGCAAGAGAGCCCUCUCGGAUGGGGCUGAGCGGCCUGACCAUGGCUCGCUUUUUCGGCCACUCAAGCGGGCCAAGAAUGAGCUGCGUCUGCGUGACAGCGAGGCCCAGAGACGUCGCGAGAAGGGAGCUGAGGGUGCAGAGGGCGUCGUGCGGCGGGGUGCGAAGGACAAAGGGGCCGUCAGAGGGACCUUUGUGGAGCGGUGGCGGGAGCAGCAGAGGCGAGCCGAGGCAACACGGCGGAGGAAGGCACGGCAGCAGGCAAAAGGUGAGAUGAAGAUCAGACCACCGGCUGGAUCGGCAUGUUAUUGGAUCUGCAUACGUGCCUAUGUGUGUUGUUUGGUGUGUGUGUUGUGUUGGGAUCAGAAUCGCCCGUCAUCUAUGAGAUCGAGAAGGAUUUGGCCCGCAAGGAGGGAUACGACCCGGACGACGAGCCGGAAGGUAUGCACAGACACAGAGGCAGACGGCACACAGACAGACAGACUGCCGGUGAUCAUCUGUGUGUGUCUGUUGUGCUGUUGCGUGUCGACCAGCAUGGGAGGUGACCGAGGCGGCGCUGGGCGAGCACCCCGACGUCCACUACGAGAAGAACGACCGGCUCGACAGCACCGCCGGCUAUCUCUAUGAGGACCAAGUCACCAACCCAUGGGACAAGCACGAGGCCAGCGGUCUCGUCCACUACACCGACGACUCGUUCUGGGACGCACAGUAAGUAACCGAACCAACAUGGCAUGGCGACAUGCAGGCAAUGCAAUGGAUGUGUGUGUCCAUUCAUCCAUCCAUGCAUCCAUCCAUUCGCUCAGGGCGGGUGGCUUCGACGAGCGCACUGCCGACGACCUUGACGUCACGUGGGAAGAGGCCGAGGAUCAGCCGCAGUGGCACUCGAGACAAAGGAGGAGGCGGUCGCGGCGCGGCAACAAGGGUGACGGUGAGGACAUGACCUUCACCGACCCACACGUGCAGCAAUUAUACGGAGGUACCUCUGCGCAGACACACGUCAUGAGUCCAUGCACACCAUCUCUUUCUCUGCAUUGAUGCGUGCAUGCAGGUCCCCAGAGCGUGUUCCGUCUGCUCGACCAGUGCGGCUUCGAGCGCUCUGUCCGUCAAGGCGUCGCCGGCCGGCUGCUCCACAAAUGGGGCUGGCGUGACGGCUAUGGCCUCGGCCGUGAUGCGCCGCCCCUGCCAGCGUCUGACGACGCUCCCCCCUCACCCACCCGGCAGCACAACGUCCGGCGCUUCGCUUUGGCGCCUGGUGGUGCGGCCGCUGGCCGAUCAUCGCGCGUCUAUGAGGAGGUCGUUGAGGGGCUGCCGGUCAGUUCGGGCCAGCGUGGCCUGGGGCACAUCGGUGCGAUGGAGACCCUGAGUGAGCGCACAGAGGGGGCCACGGCUGCCACUGUGUAUGGGGGAGCCGGCGGCAAUCUGAAGGAGAAAGGGAGAGACACAAGACGGCGGCGUGAGCGGCAGCCCCACCACCAGCAGCGCCAUCACGAUCCGGGCUACAUGGCGUCGUUUGCCUUGCCGAGGGACGGCAGCAGCGGCUGUGGGGGCAUGUACAGAGUGCCGUCGAUCGCAUUUGUGUCGAGCCGGCGGCCGUACUCGUCGCGGCCGCCUGAUCUGCCUGUGGAAAGGACUGUGGGUGAUGACGGUGCUUGGGGUCUUGGUGGUGGUAUUGGGGUAGAGAGGCUGCGAGCACUGGUGGACCCAGAGUGGGAGGGAUGAUGGCUGACUGGCAGUCGCCUUUCUCUCUCUGUUGCUUGGGUGUAUGUCCGUUCUGGCAGACUGCCACACACGCAUAGAAUGGUAUCGACUGUCCUGCUGGGGGUCCUCUCAUCAACUCGUGCAUCGUGUCCUCCUGCUCACCCCCUGGUCGAUGGGGUGUGAGCAGGUCGGCACGCUGGACGACUCACAUGAGAGCCAACAGCCGGACAGACAGAUGAGAUUUGGGUGGCAGGUAUGGCUUCCCCUGCUUUGUGUGUGUCGUAUCGAGCUUGUUGUCGAUAUCCUCGGUGGAUGGAUGGGACGACGAGUGUCUCAUGUAAGAUGAGCUGACACCUUCACCCCCCACGGACAGCUCGAGUUCACGGGCGUGUUAUAUCGUAUUAGUCCAUGCAGCAAUAGAUUGAAAGUGACUGACACAAUAUAAAAUGUAGGCACCGAUGUCAUGA